CUGGAGAUUGAACAUGGACGGUUACUUAUACCUCUGCCUCGGUAUUCUCGCUCAGAUCCUCCUCCCACGUUCCUCUUCACCGCUUUGCGUGUUUCCUACAAAAGAAGUCACGUCACCUCCUUCGCCGCCGGUUUUUCUCUUCACAAAAAGCCGUGAAGAUCUUAUUCCCACUGGCGAUCGUACACUUGAAAUCGAAUCUAUACGCGAGCGUUUGUCGAGCUGAUAAAGUGUAACUCCUGUUCCUUACUCUUUUAUCAUUCGUAGAGAAGAAAUUUUCUGCAACUCUUUCUACAGGAACUUGAAGUUAUGACUGCUGCUGAACUUGAAGCGGGUGUGUCCCGUGAACCUGAUGAAUCAGAGAUGAAUAUUUUCAGUGAUAAUGGUAGUCAAAGCGUUGUCUCUCAGCUUCUUGAUCAUAUCAACAGCCACGAGAAGAGAGGAGGAGGCUUUAGCGAAAGGUUUCUCAGAUGGAGACGGAGAUAUCUUCCGGUUGGUGGAGAUAACAGACGUGACCAUGGCUCUCUGAAACAUUCAGGACCCCUUGUUUCUGGAGCAGCUUACUGCAUCUCUUCAUGCAGUAUGAUACUAAUGAACAAAGUUGUUCUCUCCACCUAUAAUUUCAACGCUGGAAUCUCUUUGAUGUUGUAUCAAAACUUAAUCAGCUGUUUGGUGGUAGCUCUAUUAAAAUUCUCUGGAGUGGUUUCAGUUGAAAAAUUUAACUGGAAGUUGAUCAGAGUUUGGUUGCCAGUCAAUGUUAUCUUUGUUGGUAUGCUGAUCUCUGGGAUGUACAGUUUGAAAUAUAUAAACGUUGCUAUGGUGACUAUUCUGAAGAACGCAACGAAUAUUAUUACAGCGAUAGGAGAACUAUACAUGUUCCGCAAAAGGCAGAACAACAAAGUUUGGGCUGCAAUGUUCAUGAUGAUCAUCUCUGCAAUCAGUGGAGGCAUCACGGAUCUCACGUUCAAUGCGGUAGGGUACACGUGGCAGACUGCCAAUUGCGUUCUAACCGCUAGUUAUUCACUUACUCUGCGUAGAGUCAUGGACAAAGCAAAACAGUCCACAAAAUCAGGGUCCCUUAAUGAGGUGUCAAUGGUGCUGCUUAAUAAUCUCUUGUCACUACCUUUUGGCAUCACCUUGGUCAUCUUGCUUGGGGAAUGGAGAUACGUAAUAAGCACUGAUGUGACAAAAGAUGCAAUGUUUUGGGUGGUCGCAACAGCAAGCGGCUUCCUUGGUCUGGCCAUCAGCUUCACAUCUAUGUGGUUCUUGCAUCAAACCGGACCCACAACAUACAGUCUGGUGGGUUCAUUAAACAAGGUUCCCAUAUCAUUAUCGGGUCUUUUACUCUUCAAUGUCCCUCUCAGUCUCCCAAAUUUCUUCAGCAUACUUUUUGGUAAGUAACACGGUUCAGAAACAGAGCACUACCUAUGAUCUGUUCAUGUUAUAUACUUAUUCUUUUUUUUUUCAGGUUUAUUUGCUGGAGUUGUCUUUGCCAGAGCCAAGAUGUCCUAAACCGUAUUUCCAAGCCGGAGUUGAACUCUUCAGAGACUGAAGAGAACUGAAGAGAACAAAUAAACAAAGAAAAACCUAGAGAGGUUUCUUGAUCUGCAGCUAAUAGUUUCAACUUUGAAUACAAUUUUUCUUCAAUAUACAACGGUAGAACUUAGGGUUUACUAUUAGUACAGAUAGUAAUUCUAUAUUCUCAAAAGAAUCACACAUUCAAAAAUUUCUAAACGUAAUAAAACACUACUGUUUUGACUUUUCUUUAACGUAUCAACAUAAUAAAUUGUACA